AUGAAAAAGGAAUUAGCCUUUCAAGAAGCUGCUUCAACCAAGUUGAAAACAAUGGAGCAUUUGAUCAAGUUAGUAGAUAAGGAAUCGGUGGUUCAGGUGGAUUGUCAUGAGAUAACUGAUUUUUCUGUUGCAAAAUUGAAUAAGGCUAAUGCUGUGGUGGGACGGACUGGUCAUGCUAGGUUCCGUUGUGGUCCUAUUCAGAAAGAGAGAGCACUGGCAUCAAUGUCGUUGUCUGUAGUGGCGCUAGUGGUGAUGCCGGUACAGACAGGGUUAACACUUGGCUUCAGGGUGCCAAGUGUUAAUGUUGUUGCUGGUGGUGCUGGUGAUAUGAAAUGGAAAGAUGAUUUUGGUAGCAUGAAGAAUGGGAUAAGAUCUUCUUCCUUCCUUUCGUUUAUUACAGGCUAA